AUGAGUUCUGUUCCAGCAAUGCCUGUUGUUGAGAGCGAUGACAGAGCUCCAUCACCCACCCAUGUUCAAGACGAAGAAGACGUAGAUGUGCCUAUGCCUAAUGAACCCUACCAUGAUGAUGAAGCGCAAGCCCAACAAGAGGAAAGACCUGCCCAAUCCGAAGGAGAAGAAGAGGAUGAACAAUUGCAUAGCCAGCAGCCCCGCAGAGCAAGAUUGCAUUUUCAAAACUCUUAUGAAGCCAGUGUCGUGAGUACAUCCUCCAAUCCUCCGCCUUAUGAGUUGUAUCCACCUGCAAAGACAGUAUUUGGGAGAGCAUUCAACUGGUUACGCAAAAUCCCUAGAUGGAACACACACCAAGCCAUUUAUUUACCGACCAUCCAUAACAACAGUGGUAGUAGCAGUAGUGGUAGGUCCAUUUUUAGUUUACGAAGACACAGGAGAACAGAUUCUAGUACCAGUAGUAUAUCAUCCACGAAUUCCGUCUCCUGUUGGUCGUAUUAUUAUUUUGCAAUUACAGAUCGUUUACCCGAUUGCCCUCGCUUUGUUCUUCCCUCAUUUUUAGCUCAGCAUAGGCUUGUGCUCAUCUUGGUAUCCCUGUUCUCCUUGGUUCUGUUCAGUUUCUUGCUGUUUUGCUCAGUGUACUUUCAGCCCACAAGCUAUCCAAAUCCCGUAUUUCCAGACAAGAUGACCAACGACACUGCCCGCUUCUUGACCCUGAAUAUCUUUAUGCGCCCGCCACUUAUCAAGAACAAUUGGUCCGACUUUAAGGAUGAUCGCCUUGCUUAUAUCGAAAAGUACAUCCUGCCCGACUAUGAUGUAAUUACAUUUCAAGAGUCAUUUGCAUUUGCCACCAGACGAAAGGACAGAUUGAUCACAACCGCACGUUUGAUGGGCUACAAUUACCAUAUUGAAUCACCUCGCAAAUAUCCAUGGAAUAUUGGUGUCGAUGGUGGUCUGUUGAUGAUCUCAAGAUUUCCCAUCAAAAAGUCAAACAUCAUUGAAUAUCCAAGAGGACAGCACAGUGAUUGGUUGUCCAUCAAGGGAGCCCUUCAUGCGCUGAUAGAAUUGAAUCCUGACCGCAAAAUGCACUUGUACACAACGCACACACAGGCGUCUUAUGAUUUGAACAACAUUAUCAACGAAGACGACACAGCCAUCCGAUUAUCGCAGUUCUCUCUGCUGCACAAUUUUGUAUAUGACACUACCAAAGACGACAAUGAGCCCAUCAUGAUUGUCGGUGACUUGAAUGUGGAUGCUGCUGUUCAUCCCAAAGACAGACCCAUCACAAGACCCUCUAAAGAAAGUUCACCCGAGUACACAAAAAUGGUGGAUGUCAUUCGUGGUACAGGUGUCAUCAAACGUCCUGAUUCAGAUGAACGCUGGUUCGAUCAUCCUUGGAAAAUGGACGAUUUGACAGAUGUUGUCUACGCUAAAUACGGAUACCAUCCCGUUACAUUUGGUGAUUAUACGACGGAUGAAGAGGGCCAAUUGAUACCAGCAGAGACCGUGCUGACGAAUUGGGAUCAGUUGAUGACAGUUCAGAGCAUUGAUCGUAUCUUUUGGUCUGAUCGCAACACAAACAUUAUACAAUUGGAGUCGCCUCGAGUCGAGAAGUUCUGGGUCAAGGAAAACAACCAAAUGACAGAGAAGGAGCGACAGGAGACGGGAUUUACACAGAUUUCAGAUCACUAUGGUUUGAGCUGUAACAUUCAAGUGCUCUAA